AUGGAGGACCCAUCCAACAAAUCCCUCAUUGGAGAGAACAGCGAGGGAGAAGACUAUGACUACAUAGAAGAAGAUGAUAUUGCUGAUGAAUCCCAUUUCUUUUUCAUUCUCAAUACAAUACUAAGCGGCACAGCUCGCCUCAACGUCCUCUUACCCACUGCAACCAUUCUUGCAUUCACCAUCUUUGCUCCGAUCCUAACAAACGAUGGGAAAUGCGACACCCUGAACCGUUGGCUCAUGGCCAUCUUCCUGGCAAUAUCGUCGGCCUCUUGCGUCUUCUUCACCUUCACCGACAGCUUUCGGACUGCGACGGGAAGGCUGUACUAUGGGAUUGCAACGUUUAGGGGGAUAUGGACGUUUAAUGGGGGUAGAAAGAGGCCAUGUCAUCCAAGGGAUUACAGGCUGAGGUGGGCUGAUCUCUUCCAUUCAUCUCUUUCUGUUGUUGCAUUCCUUACGUUUGCAUCGUCCAACAACGAUGUGUUGGAUUGUUAUUAUCUGGCAAUGCCGAGGAAGGUGACUAACAUUGUUCCUCUUGUGGUUGGGUUUGUGAUUAGCGUUCUGUUUGUAGUGUUUCCUUCCGGGAGAAGGGGAAUUGGGUACCCUUUCUUGCUUCGGAAGGAUGGUUUGUAUUAUAGGAGUUAG